GCUCCGCCCCGCCCUCCCCGCCGGCGCCGGUAGCUCCCCCAGCUCGUGGCGCGGGCCAGGGGACUCGGGAGCCCGCCGCCGGCGCCGCAGAAUGGGGCGCUUCCGCGGGGGCCUGCGGUGCAUCAAGUACCUGCUGCUCGGCUUCAACCUGCUUUUCUGGCUGGCCGGGUCAGCCGUCAUUGUAUUUGGACUAUGGUUUCGGUUUGGAGGCACCAUAAAGGAUUUAUCAUCAGAGGACAAGUCCCCAGAGUAUUUCUAUGUGGGACUCUAUGUGCUGGUUGGAGCUGGAGCCCUAAUGAUGGCCGUGGGGUUCUUUGGGUGCUGCGGAGCCAUGCGGGAGUCACAGUGUGUGCUCGGAUCAUUUUUUACCUGCCUACUGGUGAUAUUUGCUGCUGAAGUAACCACUGGAGUAUUUGCUUUUAUAGGCAAGAGUGUGGCUAUACGACAUGUACAGACCAUGUAUGAAGAGGCUUAUAAUGAUUACUUUAAGGACCGGGAAAGGGGAAAUGGCACUCUCAUUACCUUCCACUCAGCAUUUCAGUGCUGUGGAAAAGAAAGUUCUGACCAGGUCCAACCUACGUGCCCAAAGGAUCUUCUAGUUCACAAGAAUUGCAUUGAUGAAAUUGAAACCAUAAUCAGUGUUAAGCUUCAGCUUAUUGGAAUUGUUGGAAUUGGAGUUGCAGGUCUCACGAUCUUUGGCAUGAUAUUCAGCAUGGUCCUUUGCUGUGCAAUACGAAACUCACGAGAUGUGAUUUGAAACUACUUCAUCAUGAAAAUUACUUUCUAAAGCUUUCAUACUAAAUGUCAAAAGAGUUAUCUCUCAGCUCAUUUUUAAUAUUCAGAGGACAUUAGGAUGUAAAAUAAUUUGCUGUCAGUUGUGCAUUUGCACAUGUAUGUGUGUUUGGAUCGUUAAUGGUUUGCCCCUAGGCAAAUGCUUGUGUAUGUUGACUUAGAAUGUAUUCACAUGUAAUCUGUAUCUUUCUGCUAAUGCAUUACACCUAAUGAAAUCUGCUUAUUGGAAUUCCUAGUUCUCUUAUGUAAGAGGAACAAUCUAAUAGAAAAAGACCAGAAAUCUUUGAAGAAACUAAAAAACUGGCUAUUCCUAAGAUACAAUAAUCGACCAGUUUCUUCGACAUUAGCCAUGAAAAUUAGACACAGAAAAUUCAAGGAUUUCUAGUUAAUGGAAGCAAUAAAUUACAGGAAUUAAGAAGUCCCAAUAGAGUGUUAAAAAUGACUGUGUCUAAGGAUUUCCUGGACUUUUUUUUAAAUACAUGUUCUGAGAGUUCAGUAAACCAUAGUUUUAGAACUAAACACCUGUAAAACUAAAUACAGUGUGGAAAAUCUAAUUUGAAUAAGUCAUUCUUUCCUCAUAUUUAAAAACAAAAAAAAAAACCUCGCUCUGGAAAGAAUAGACACAUAGACAAUCAUGUGUUCUAUAAAAUUGAGAGAUUUUUAGAACUAAAAAAAGACUUUUAAGGACUUUUUAAGGAAAUGUCUUUGUUCUUAUACAAAGACAUGUAAGUAUUGCUUUAUCUCUUUCCCUUUCUGACUCUGCUCUGAACACUGUACCCUCACAUUCUCAAAAAGACUUUUAUCCCAAAUUCUUCUGUGUUUCUCCAAGAACUAAAGAAGAAAAACUAAAGCAAUUUGGCAGUUGCAAAUUUUGGAAAGGAGUAUUUUUACUAGCACUGUAUUUUUGAAAUACCUCACAACCUAAGUUUAUAGUAUUUUCCUAAUUUUUGUAGUUUUCUUAUUUAUUCAUCGAGAAAAUUCUUCAUAGAGUUAGAAUUACAGUUUUCACCACUUAAAUAAAAGUUCUGCAUAAUUCAGGUAUCAUUUUAUGAGCAUCCUUGGAUAAACUACAAUAAACAAAAAAAAUCUUUCCUAGUUGUAUAUAAUAUACACAACAGAGUCAAGUUAAAGAAACAAAUACAUAUGUAUACACACAUAUAGACAAAACAGGUACACUUUUCUGUGCAAGCCUCCUAUAAAAGUAAAAUGUUCUAGUCUUUUUUGGUCUUAAUUUUUUAUUAUAAAUAGGUAAUCCAAAUUUAGGACAUAAAUUGGCAUAUUUGUCAGUAAUGUUUAACAACUUGUUACAUUUAGUAAAUCAUGAAUGUUUUUAAAUUGCAUUUUAAAAAACCACACAAAAGUGGAGCUAUAAGAGACUUUGAAAAUUUCCAAAUGACAAGGCUUCUACAGAAGAAAGAACAAAAGGCUUUGGGUGUGUGGGAAGAGAAAGUGCCAUGCUCCCAAGAAACUUAUAAAACAUUUUGCUGAAAAGACGUAAAUAUUUGAAAUAGUCUUAUCCCCACAUAACACCACAUUUCUCUUUUGGCCGUACUUGCUACUACUACUAACUUUGGAGAAAACUUUCUAGGAGAAAAAAAAAAAUAGAAUGGAAGAAAUCUACAAACUUCGUUAUGAAAAAACCGGAGAUGUAGCUUAUCAGCAUAGCGCCUGCCUGAUAAAUGUGAUGUCCUGAGCUUGAUUCACAGUACAAAAAAGACCAUUAAAUUAUGCAUGCUGUGUCUGUAUGUAAAGAAAGAUUUUUUAAAGAAAAUCACUUAUAUCCCACAAAUGUAACCUUUUAAGCAAAGAAUAGCCCAAUUCUGUCAGUAGCUUUAGCUCAUCUUUCUUCUUGAAGAUAAGAAAAAUGCUCAAGUACAUACUUACGAUCUUUUAGCUCAGAAUUAUUUUUGGCUCCACAAAAGUGUGUUGCUUUCCUUUUCAAAGCUAAUGACUUUAAAGAUUACAGUAGAUAAAAGUGGAAGAAUAGAAAUAACAUAUUUUUUAAAUAUUUUUAAAAAGUAAGAGACUAGAGAUCUAUUUAAUGUAUGAUUAGUGUGUCUCUUCAGGGCAAAGUUUUCCAAAAUAUGUCCCAUAAGUAAAAUUAGGGCAUUCUACCACUGAGUGAAGGUAAAUUUUAUACUCACAUUCACCACAAAGGUAGUUUUGUAUAAAUAUGUAGAUAUAUAUUUAUAUGUAAUAUAUAUUUACAUAUAUCUGUGUAUGAAUAUAUAGCACUAUGUAUGUAUAUAAAAUCCCUGUAUAUGUUAAAUUCAUAUACAUCUUGACUGUAUGUCUCUUGAGUAGAUACACAUAUACAAUUUGAAUACAUGUUCACAUAAAGUUAUUUCUAUCUACUUGUACUAAUUUGAAAUCAAACUCAAACAUUUGCUUAAGGUAUAGGUGCCAAGGCAUAGGUUAAAAUAUCUUAAUGAUCUAAUAUUUUUAAUUAUUUCAAACCAAUGUUCUAUAUACUGGAAUUGCUCAUCUUAAAAUUGUAAUAUAUUUUUCUAUAGACCUUUAUACAACUUAUUUACAUGUCCAACUACCAGUGUGAACCCAAAUAGUAUAACAAGUAUAUAUGAAACAGACAUUAUUGGGAACUGGACAUAAAAGCAAUAUCCUAAGGACUUUCA